UAGGACGUGACUGAGCAGCUACACCCACGUUACAAUAACCAUGAGUUUCGCGUUGAACGUGACUGUACCGAUGGCGCACGACGCACGCUACUUCGACAAUAGUUGGCUGCAGAUUGGUCAGGACCUUCGCACACAGCGCUGGAAGAACGUGGUGAACAUCGACCGUAUGCUGCGCAACCACCAACCGCACGAGGUGCUCACUCACGUGGAGCAAAACACCAACUGGAGCGCCAAGACGUUCACGUUGGCGCUCAAGGUAGAACGAAUUAUCUUUGAGGCUGCGACCUCACGAGAGAGCUACCUAGAUGAGAGCACGCUGCGUGCUCGUGUUACCCAGGUAUCGCGUCGGCUCAUCGAUCUACGCAAGCGCAAGAAUAUGGUCAAAUUCGGCAUCCGCUUACCGCGCCAGUUCAUGGUUGCCAAGCGUCAACGACAUUGAGCGUGACAACGGCACCGAACCACUUAGGUAGAUAGCUCCGCUGACACUGUACAGGAAUUAUUUAGUUCACGUAGCUCUGAAAACUAUUAUACUUAAGUAAUAAAUAAGUG